ACCUGAUGGUUGCAACGCGCCACCGGAUUCCGUCUCCUUUGCCGGGUCUCCUCGGGGCUUCAAGCGCUUCUGCCAGCCUGCUUUUCGCGGCUCUGCACCUCUUUCCUGCUUGCUCGCGUCUUGCAUUCCUUACAGGUUUGAGUGCCCCCCCCCCUCUUGGAAGCAUGGAACCAUGGAUUUCCCCGGCACCUCUGGGAGCCAAACCAUUUGAAGGGAUGACGACCGACUUCCUUGACGGCGAUGUUGCUGAGUUCAGCCCGUCUCCCUCCCUUUGGCGGGGGGUGCCCCCCCUCGAGGGCUCUCUGGGCCUCCAGGCUGGGCUGGGAGAGACGGGCAUCAUCUUUUCCUGGAGGGACAACUUGGGCCACUGCAUCUCCUACCUCAACAAGGAACUGGGGGCUCUGGGGCUGCCUGCCCUCUACAAGGACGAGGCCUCCGGGGCAGAGGCUGAGCAUGGCUUCAACCUGCUGGCGUUGGUGAACGGUACCUGCGGGCUGCUGAAUCUCUACCAAAGCGUUUCGGCCAAGCUGGGGAAUAUGGAGGCAGAAGAGAUUAAGCGGUCUGGGGAGCGGGAAUACCUGCGGACCCGACAGGCAAAACUCAAGGAUCAGGUGGAAACUUGCGAGAGGGAAAUUGCAGCUGUGCAGAAGAAGGAACAGCAGCUGGAGAGCAAAAACAAGCAGCUGAGUAACUUGCUGAGAGGCGAAAAGGACGAGAUCGCCAGACUCUGGAGCACCCUGGCCAGCCGAGCAUCUCACCACCUCCACGAGAUGAAGAGGAAGGAGCAGGAGCUGACCAGGCUGAAGGAGAAGAUGAGCCAGCUGGUGACGGAGAAGAAGGACCGGAGAGGAACAAUCGAGAUCCUCAAUGUCUUGACCCGCCCAGACGGUAAGAGGUCAACCUGGAAAACAGGGAAGUCUCUCGGCAAGAAAGAGGAAGAGCUCUACCGUGUCCAACUGGCCAGGCAGGAACAACGGGAGCAGGGCCUGGCCCUGGAGAAUGCCAAGCUGAAGCAGCUGUUGACCCAAGUGGGCCAGGACUUGCAGCAGCUGAUGGGCACCGAUGGAGGCAUUACCCAGGGUGCGGAGCAAAACUUCCCAUACGAGGUCUUCCAGGAGCAGUGGUGUCAAUUCCGAGAUGGUGUGGGAGAUUGCGGUUCCCGCGAGCCUUGCGGGGGUGGUCAAGACCCCGUCAUCAGCAUCAUUGACCAUGACAAGGAGAUCCUGAAGCUGAAGAAAGAGAUCGAACAAAGCAGAGGAGUGAUUUCCCUGCAACAGCGCUGCUUCCAGGAGCAAUUGGAUGCCUUAGUCAAUGCAGAGCUCCCGGCUCACCUGAAGGGCUCCUAUGUCCUGGAGGAGGAGCAGCGGCUGGAGGAAGAACGACUCCUCUUUGAGGAGCAGCGGCGGGCAUUCGAAGAAGAGCGAAGAAACUUCACCGAGGCGGCCAUUCGGCUGGGGUGGGAGAAGAAGCAGUUUGAGGAAGAGAAAGCACUGCUGCUGAAGCAAGAAUUCUUGCGCUCGUUGCCGCGGCUAGAAGUUCGAGACCCCAAGCGGAGACUUUCAGCCCCCGUUGCCGCCGGAGAACACGACUACCUGCGCAGGCAAAGGAGACAGUCCCGGCCGGUCAGUACCCCUUACCCCAAAGUCAUCCUCACACCAAGCCGCACCCCAGUGGCGCUCUUCAGAACCCAGCAGUGGCAGUCCACCUAUAACUCCAGCACUCCCGCCCGGGCAGAAUUGUACAGACUAACGGCACCCCCUCCCUCCCACAGGCCUGUCUCUUCACCGCAGCUCAGCCAAAGAAAGGCGAGUCGCCAAGACGCCGCUUCCCAAACGGAGCCUGCUAAGGAAGAGAACUUUGAGGACGACCUCUUGGAUUGCUCCGCCGAAAGUUCUUUCUUGGGAUGCCAUGUGAUUGGGAUCCAGGAAUAUCUGUAAAUUUGGGUCUGAACAUAUCUGGCCGCGAAAUUGUAGGGAAAGAGGAGAGGAGAUUGUAGGCCGGGAUCCUGUAGAUCUGUUCUGUUAGCAGGGAUCCUUUCUCCCUCCGCGAGGCACUCUUGCCCGCAGAAGAGAGCCGCGGGCUCCAGAAAUAAACUGUCAACACCGUUGAAUUUUGUGCCUGUACGCGGAAGCUGCAUGAGAGCUGUCCCAUGUGAAACCUGGUGAAAAAAUCCUUCCCUGGAUGAGCCGGCUUUCCUGUUGUGUACUUCUGCUUUAUUUAGGAAGGGAACAGGCCAAGCGAGCUUAUCUUUUCCUGUUUGUAUUUAUGAAUGGGUCAGCUGGAAACAUUUUCAUUGUUGUUAUUCCUGCCCUUUUUUAUAAUAAAGGCUCUGUUUUUAAGAA